GGACGGGACCGGACCGGACCGGGCAGCGCCGGUGCCGCCGAGGGGCCGCUGCCGGGAAGGGGAGCGGGCGGUUCGCAAUCGCCCCUGCCCCGCCCGCCUCACCUGCGGCAGGUGCGCGGCUCGGCGGGGCCGCCUCUGCGCCGCCCAGUGAGGCUGCGGCGGCGGCAGGAGGAGGAGAGGAAGCGAGGGGGAGCGGGGGAGCCCCGGCCCGGGCAGGAUGAACAACCCUAUACCUUCCAACCUGAAGUCAGAAGCUAAAAAGGCAGCUAAAAUAUUACGAGAAUUUACAGAAAUAACUUCCAGAAAUGGACCAGAUAAAAUCAUACCACCUCAUGUAAUAGCUAAAGCCAAAGGCCUUGCAGUUUUGUCUGUUAUCAAAGCUGGAUUUUUGGUGACCGCUCGAGGUGGAAGUGGAAUUGUAUUAGCUCGUCUUCCUAAUGGAACCUGGUCUGCUCCCUCUGCAAUAGGAAUUGCUGGUCUUGGUGGUGGAUUUGAAAUUGGAAUUGAGGUCUCAGACUUAGUGAUAAUACUGAAUCAUGAAAGAGCAGUAGAAGCUUUUGCCAAAGGAGGAAAUCUUACACUUGGAGGAAAUCUUACUGUGGCAAUUGGACCUCUGGGGAGAAACUUAGAAGGGGAUGUUGCCCUGAGAAGCUCUGCUGCUGUCUAUACAUACUGCAAAUCUCGAGGGCUGUUCGCAGGCGUUUCUCUGGAAGGAACCUGUUUAAUUGAAAGGAAAGAAACAAAUCGCAAGUUUUAUGGGCAGGACAUUCGUGCUAGUGCCAUCCUGCUUGGUGACGUGCCUUUCCCUGCUCAAGCAGAUGAUCUUUAUGAAACUCUAGCAUCCUUCACUGAAGUGUAUGAAAAUGAAGAGCAAAAAAAUAAUCCAGGAAAAUCUGUAAAUGACCGACCUGCUAGACCAUCAACCAGACCAGAGCCACCUAAACCCACUGUUAGACCUACACCACCAGUUAAAAAGAAUACCAACAAACUUUAUCCUGAACUUCCCAGUGAUUAUGCAUCUGGGGAUAACUCUCAGAGUGAUCCAGUUGAAGUGACAGCACUUUAUUCAUUUGAAGGACAACAGCCAGGUGACUUGACUUUCAAAGCUGGAGACAGAAUCACAGUGACAACUAAAACAAAUUCCCAGUUUGAUUGGUGGGAAGGAAGAAUAGGAGGAAAAACUGGCAUCUUUCCAGCCAAUUAUGUUGCCAUAAGUAACAACUGAAUUUGUACAGAAUAAAAUGUUGAGGAAGUAAUAUAUUUACACUGAAAAAUAUAUUUUAACUUUUCAGAUUUUAUUAAAAUGAGAUUUUAGAUCAAUACUAUUCUAACAAAAAAAGAUUAAAUGCUUUGUAUGACCAUAACUUUCCCCUACAUUUAUUUUUUAAGUAAACAGUAGGUGAUAGUCAGUUUAUGAGAGUUUUAUGUUUAAGCAAGUUGCCCCAAAAAGUAAUCCAAUUUGUGUAUAAUUUCAAUUAUGUCUUGCUAUAUGGAUUAAUUUUUUACAUGAGGGAAAUAUUGGAAACAGUUUAAAAUUAGAUAUGCUG